CCCGGGGAAUCUGAACGCAGCCCUUACUCUGUCAAGUUGUGCUGUUUCCGGCCAGUAUCCGACACCCGACAAUGGUGUCCUUUCAUUCUUGAAUCUUAUGUCUUUCUUUUACUGAAGGAACUUUUAACGAUACUUCUCGCAGUUUGCAUGGUAGGACAUACCAAUUUUACAUGAAGAAUGCUCCAUUUUUCAUGUAAAAUUGGUUAUGUGUAUUUGAUUGUGUUGCGUAAGCGUAUAUGAGAGGAGUUUCGCGAUUCGAACGCUGCCUACUGAGCACCACUAAUACUAAUUCAGAAUCCUGAUUUUGACCACACUUUUCAAAGCCUGGUUCGGCUUCCUAUUCUUUAUACUCCAUGAUCAGAACAUAACCUCUCAUAAUUUUACAGUCAAGAAGCUAUGCAGAUGCCCAGAAGUCUGGAAAUUCAAACUUUUAUGCAAUAAUCUUCUGCGCAGAUGCCCGAUAUUCGACGCUUGCAUGUAAUUUCAUCUUUAUUUAUUUAAUUGUUACGAUGCCGUCGUGUGCAGUACGAAAUUGUAAAAAUAAUUCGUGGAAUACGAAAGGACAAAAAAUCAGUUAUUUAUCAUUUCCGAAGGAAACGGAAAUGAUUGAAAGAUGGAAAAUUGUAUGCAAAGAAGAUGUUAACUCUAAAUUUGCUCGUAUCUGUUCAAAACAUUUUCAUCCUUCACAAUUUGAAGAUAAAUCGUGGUUACGAGAUUUCGUUGGAAAAUCUGGUAACGUACGAGUAAAACUUCGACGUGAUGCGGUUCCAUUGUUAGCUGUAGAGGACAACAAAAUUCCCAUGGAUAACGAUUUAGAAGUAGAUGUUGUACAGCCCGUUGGCUGUUGCUCGUUUAAUCCAGGUAUAGAUUGUGCUACAUCGACCUUCACAUUGAGCUGUAUAACUCAAGCUGCGCUGAACACUUCAGUGGUUCUUGACAUUGAUAUCUCUCAGGAAAUGCAGAAAUUACAACACAGAAAUGCAACCUUACUUCCAGAAACGAAAGCUUUACAUCUGGAAACGGAAACAAUCCAUAAACGUCAACAAGCUUUAAAAGAUAAACUGUACAAGAAGCAAUUAAUGCAGAAAAUACAGGACAAGUUAACUUUGUUUUUUACGCCAGAACAAAUAAAAUUAUUUUUAAAUCCGACGCAGAAGAUCCGUUGGACUAAGGAGAAUAUUGAGGCUGCAAUUUCAUUAAAAAGCGUAAACUUAAAAGCUUAUAGAUAUCUGAGGAAAAUAAAACAAUUUCCUGCAACCCUUCGAAAAUGGAUAGCGGAUUUCAACAUUGACAAAGGCAUCUUAACAGAGCCGCCUUUGAAUUAUAUCCCUUCCUUAGAAGAACAGCUCGAAGAAGACACCGGAUCAGGAACAAACAGUAAGUCCCCUUUAAUUAUUCUCUGCGGGAAUCGAACUAAUUCAUCCGCAACUUUUAAUGAGAUCUCCUCCGAGAAACAACUACCCUCGGCGGCAGUGCAACCGAAAUUGGCUUCGAAGUCGACCAUACUUAGAAGCUCGCAAACUCCUGGAUGAAACGUUCCAGGAGUAUCUCGCUACUUUGAACAACUCUCGGAGUCGUCGAGACCUAAGCGAGGAUUCGGACUUUCCUCCGGCUCCAACACCACCGACUUUACCGGCUGCCUAUUUCGGCUUCGUCAGCUCCUCCGACUUCACCGGUUACUCCAACUUUGCCAGCCCUUCUGGCUUCACCGGCUCCUCCGGCUUUGCCAAUCCUUCCGGCUUUGUCCUAAGGUUCAUCCGGCUUCAUCCUAAGGAAGUCCAUCGACUUCAUCCUUCGGUUCCCUAAAAUCGAUUAAAGGCGAUAUUCCCCUUAUUCCCUUCUCGAUUUUCCGUCAUCUGUCCUGAUACUAAGUUUGUCUGCGUUAUUGGACGCUCCAAUGGACAAUUUUCCAGACAUUCCUCCGUCAAUUCCUAAUUCCUCCAUUCAGUCUGUCUCCUCUCCAUCAUCUUACGUACCAUCCUUCGCUUUAUCAUUCUGAGCACUGUCCCCAAUAAUUUCCACGUGGAGCGUGGAAUUCAUAGAAAAAGUCUGCUUCUCCUCCUCCGCUUUCUCACAAUAAACAAAUCCAUCCAACUGACUUCCUUCAAUCAGUAAUCCGAUUUCCCUACACAACGGAUCCCCUUCCAUAUGCUUUGGACUCGAUUAUUUCGGUCCUGAAGAAGUCCGGGCUGUCAUAACCGGAUAACUUGAACACCGGGAUGGAAACUUCUAAAAGUCCAUUUAUCUUAUCUUUAUCUAGUCUCCAUAGGUUUUUUUCCAUAACCUUCUCCCUCCUCUCCUUUGCCAUGGUCGAUGAAAUUGAUCGAUAAAAUUACAUUAUCUCUCUGUUCGCACACACAUGGA